GUUUUACGUAAUAUUUCAAUUUGAUUCUCAGAAACUCCUCUGAAGCUCUUAAUAAGAGGCGAUCGCCAUUUUAGUUGAAGUUUAGAAGGUUCACAACGCAGACGUGUUUUUGCUUUUACAAGUGACUUUGUGAUUAAAAGAAAAAAAAAAUCAUGCCUCGAAGACGUGCUGCAGCUCCUGCUCCCAGGACCGUAAGGUCAGCAGCUCCUGCAAGGGCAGCAGCAGCUCCCGUCAGAGCUGCUCCACCUCCAUCAGUUCCUGCUCGUGUGGCUCCAUCAACUCCAAUGAUGGCACCAGCACAACAACAGGGUCCAGGUCUUAUGGGACAAAUGGCAGCAACUGCUGGUGGAGUUGCCAUUGGAUCAGCCGUUGGUCACACAAUUGGUCAUGCAAUGACUGGACUCUUUAGUGGUGGAAGUAAUGAAGCCGUAGCUCCCGCUGCUGCUGCUGCACCUCAACAAGUUGCACCAGCUUCUCAACCAGCUGCAGCAGGCGGUGCCUGUUCCUGGGAAGUUAAACAAUUCCUCCAAUGUGCUGAACAACAGUCAGACAUUACCCUUUGUCAAGGAUUCAAUGAAGCUCUUCGCCAAUGCAAGAUGGCUAAUGGAUUGCAAAUUUAAAUUAGUUACUGGAAUUUUAGACAUUUACUACUAAGAUGGCUACGUUGGGAGUCAAUUAUUCUUAAAUGCAGCCAUUUAAUUACAAAUUAAUAGAAUAUUUUUUUUUGUGACAGUUAUGAAAUUAUCAUGUAUUAAAUGAAAAGUGAAAUAAAUUUUAGUUGAAAUAAA